AUGGCGACCAAGAGCCAAUUCCUCCCGCCGAUCCUCCCAAUCCCGCUAUGUUUGUUCAUCGCUUUCCUGCCGGAAGCUGCCCCGUCGUGGCCUCUCCCCUCAGAGAUAGCCGCUGGAGGCGCCUGGGUUCUCCUCCACCAAAGCAUUGGCAUCUCCGUAAUGCACAUGCAGGUUCUCCGAAACAACAAGGUCAUGAUGUUCGACCGCACCGACUUCGGCACUUCCAACAUCUCCCUCCCCGACGGCAAGUGCCGCUUCGACGUCACCCUCUCCCCCGUCGACUGCACGGCGCAUUCGGUCCUCUAUGACCUCGCUUCCAACACCAUCCGCCCUCUCGUACUUCAAACCAACACCUGGUGCUCGUCCGGAUCUCUCGACGCCGACGGCACCCUCAUCCAAACCGGCGGCCAUGACGAGGGCGAGCGAGUCGUUCGGUCGUUCGCACCCUGCGACGACAAUUCCUGCGAUUGGGUGGAGCUUUACGACACCAGUCUGAUGAAUCGGCGGUGGUACGCGACCAAUCAGAUCCUCCCCGACGGUAGGAUCAUUAUCGUCGGCGGGAGGAGUGUCUUCACCUACGAGUUCUACCCCAAAAGCUCCUCCUCCUCCUCCCAAUUUGACAACCAGACGCUCAAUUUCCUGUGGGAGACCCGAGACCCGGACGAAGAGAACAAUCUCUACCCGUUCCUCCACCUUUUGCCCGACGGAAAUCUCUUCAUCUUCGCCAACAAUCGGUCCAUCCUGUUCGAUUACUCUGCCAAUCAAGUGAUCAAGGAGUACCCUGUAAUGCCCGGCGGCGACCGGCGGAAUUACCCCUGCACCGGGUCCUCUGUUCUGCUUCCGCUCCGAUUAACAGAAUGCAACGCAGUUGGGAUCCCCUGCGCCACCCCUACGGCGGAGGUGAUGAUCUGCGGCGGCGCUCCACCGGGAGCGUUCGCCAAGGCCAACAACCAGAGCAUUUAUGUGGAAGCGUCGAGGACCUGCGGCAGGAUGACGGUAUCCGACCCGAAUCCGCAAUGGGUCAUGGAGCAGAUGCCGGGUCCCCGUCUCAUGAGCGAUAUGAUACUCUUGCCCACCGGAGAUAUCAUCCUCAUCAACGGCGCCGCGAGAGGCAGCGCCGGUUGGAACAAUGCCCGUGACCCUGUUUACAACCCGUUCCUCUACCUUCCCGACGAAGAAGACCCGUCUCGGAGAUUCAUCAUUCUCCCACCGUCGACGACGGCGAGACUGUAUCACUCGACGGCGGCGCUGUCGCCAGACGGGAGGAUUUUGGUGGGCGGGAGCAACCCGCACCCGACAUACAACUUCACGGCGGGUCCUUACCUGACUGAGCUAAGCCUGGAAGCGUUUGAUCCAGGGUAUCUCAACCCGGACUAUGCCCAUCUGCGGCCGUCGAUCUUGACCGUGGAAUCCUCCAUUGACGGGACAGUGAAGUAUCAGGAGAUGUUCUCUGUUUCGUUGAUGCUGCCGUUUCCCGAUCCUUAUGAACCGGUGGCCGUGGUGCUGAUUGCGCCGUCGUUCAGCACGCAUUCGUUCGGAAUGAACCAGAGGAUGGUUGUGCUGGGAGUGGAACGACAGCCUAGAUUUGGCCUUAAAAUGAACGUCAUCGGGCCGAAAGAUGUAAAUGUAGCUCCUCCUGGUUACUAUAUGUUGUUCAUAGUCCACCAUGGCAUUCCUAGCCCUGCUGUCUGGGUUAAGGUCAGAUGA